AUUUACGCUAUAAAAAAAAAAUGAGGUUGAUAGAGGCUUCGAAGCUUCACGUUGAUGGGCCAGUGGGAAUGAAUCUCGGGAGAAUGACGUCGGAUUCCGGGGCCAUGAGUCAGAUCACGGUGACGAGGAGAAGAAUCAAAGUCCGGCGGCUGAAGUACACGUGUCGAACGAAGAAAACAUCAUCAUCGGAGGAGGAGGAUGUUGGUGAUUCGGUGAAGGUGUCAUUGUCUGCGUCUUCUUCGGAGAAAGAAGAGGUGGUAUUGUUGUACGGUUCGGUUUCUGUUAUAGGGAGGAGGAAAGAGAUGGAAGAUGCGGUGAGAGCUGAACUAGGAGUUAUGAACAAAAAAGGUAGCGGUGGAGGUGGUGUUGGAGGAAAGUACGAUUUUUUCGGAGUGUACGAUGGGCAUGGAGGUUGCCACGUGGCGAGGGCUUGUAGUGAAGGGCUGCAUGGGAUUUUGGUGGAGGAGGGAGGUGAGAGUAGUAGUGAAGAGUUAGAAGGGUUAUCGGAGUAUUGGGAGAGAGUGAUGGAAGGUUGUUUUGGUAAAAUGGAUGGGGAGGUGGUAGGUGGUGGUGUGGGGAGGACAGUGGGGUCCACGGCGGUUGUGGCUGUGGUGGGAGGGGAGGAGCUUGUGGUUUCUAACUGUGGGGAUUGUAGGGCUGUCUUUUUUAGUGGUGGUGUGGCUUUGGCCUUGUAUCGUGAUCAUAAGCCGAUAAAGGUAAUCGUAAAUGUGCACACAGAGAUGGAUGGAGAGAGAUUAAGAGAGGAAUUCUAGGACUGUCAAACUACUACCAUGUCAAAUCAUCACCCACCUUCAACCCUGCCUCUUGACACCUUCAUAUACUGCAAGAACCACUACCAGUACAGGCCGACAACUGUUCACAACUGCUUAUGCUUCACUGUCAUCAUUCUUUUGAACCCUUGGAAGGGUGAGCUUCAGUAAUUUGAAAUAAAAUGAUUUAGAAAGAAAAUAAAGUUUUUCACUUACCAAAAAAAAGGAAAGAAGAUAAGGUUUUAGUCAAUAGGCUUUCUAUGUUGCUCCUAUGGUCAUAAGGCUAAUCUUCAUUUUCCAAUAUUCAAACUAACAUUAUUGCUGCUGUGUGCUGCUAUACUAAGGCCUGGUGCUGCUGUUUGUGAAAUUUUUUUGUUGUUGUUGUACAUGCUAAUAUGCAUUAUGCUUCUAUUGUACUUAGUGUUAGCUGUAUUGUGAUAAUUGGUAAUUGUUGGCAUUCUAGGAAUUGAUGCAAAGUCCAGGAUGUUUUGGUAGUUAUUGGCAGAUUCUUAAAAAAGCACUUAGUGAGAAAUAUUAACAUAGGCUGUGUUUGUUUGCUUCACGUUAAUAGAAGGUUGCAAGGAAAUUCAAAUGUUAAUAAAAAGUUGGCCUCUUAAAAGUGUGCCACCUCAGCUUUAGAGUCUUCACAAUUUUACACCUCAACAAUAUUUUUAAUUUUUAUUUUUAGCACGGUAUUUUAGUUAAAUAUUUUACUUAGUUUGAACUUAGAACUACUUUGAACCCGAUAAUGCACUCCCCCUCUCUCUAUCUCUGUAACCUCAAUAGGCUAUGGUUGCUACCGUGAUUUCAAAUAUCUCUAAUAGCAACCUCUGAGGACAACCAUCCAAAGGCAAGAUGGAAUGUGGGGUACCGCUGCAAGUGUUGCCUUGAAAAGAAAAGACUGCAGUUGAUUCAAAUGCUCCAGCUACUGCUUGCAGUGCACACAAGACUGAGACAAGGUUGAUGAAUAACUUUAUAUGUAAUAACAUUAUAACCUUAUUUCACAAAGUUCAAGGUCCUUAAUGUUUUUCUUUUAAUAUGUUUUUUAUUUAUUUAUUUAAAUGG